AUGCCACGACUGCUCUCUACAGCGCUGUCAUUGCGUCGCGACCCUCGACUGCUUAAAAUACCUCCAUACAUAUCUGCCUUCUGCAUCGCCAUUGGUGUUGUUUGGCUCCUCCUACUGCCCCUGGACGAUUACUCGAGACGAACCUACGUAUCAGAGAAUGCUCUCUUGCCUGGCCAGGUGCAUACAUACUUUGGGGGUAGUGAACAAUCCAUUUUCAGAGCAUUCAGGCAUGAGGUAGACUUGCUUGCUAGCAAGAACAACUUCGAGGUCAAUGACAAGCUGGAAUCCAUCCUGACUGGCUUUGGAGUCAAGGUUGGUCGACAAAAUUAUACCUAUCACUCUGCGGGAGAGAUAUACAGUGGGGAGAAUGUGUACGGUAUUUUGCAAGCUCCGCGAGGGGACGCAACCGAAGCCAUCGUUCUGGUGGCUGCAUGGAAAAGUAUACAUGAGCAGCUCAAUCGUAAUGGUGUUGCGCUCGUCCUCACGUUGGCUCGCUAUUUCAAACGUUGGUCUUUAUGGUCCAAGGAUAUCAUUCUCCUUCUACCUCCAGAUAGCACAACGGGUACGCAAGCCUGGGUUGAUGCCUAUCAUGAUGCCCAUGAUUCAAAGUAUAUUGCGCCGUUGCCUCUCAAGUCUGGUGCGCUGCAGGGAGCUCUUGCGAUUGACUACCCUUUUGAGCACCGGUAUCAUGAACUCCACAUCAUUUACGACGGUACGAAUGGUCAAUUGCCUAAUCUCGACCUCAUCAACUCGAUUGUAAACAUUGCAGGCGGCCAGAUGGGCAUUGAAACUACCGUCCAGCAAAUGGCUGGCCAUACAGACAGCUACCAGGAUCGACUUCAAACGAUGCUCCGAGGUAUGCUUUAUCAAGGCCUUGGAUAUCCAACGGGACCCCAUAGCAGCUUCAUUCCCUAUCAUGUGGACGCUAUAACCUUACAGCCCGCUGGCGAAGGAUGGCACGAUGAGAUGGCAAUGGGUAGAGUUGUAGAAGGAUCUUUCAGGAGUCUCAACAACCUGUUGGAGCAUUUGCAUCAGAGCUUCUUUUUCUACCUUCUCAUGCAGAAGAAUCGUUUUGUUAGCAUAGGCACAUAUCUGCCCAGUGCCAUGCUGGUUGCUGCCAACUUCACUAUUAUGGCCAUCUUUCUUUGGGUAAAGAGUGGGCAACCCAUCGCAAAGAGAGAAGCUACCGACAAGCCAAAGGGCGACAUUUCAGAAGGCAAAGGAGUUUCGACAACGACGCCUUCAUCUCCUCCUACAGUUGAGCGUAACCUUCUCUCGCCGCUUGCUCUCGUUGCGACAUGCCAUUCCAUUUCUGCCAUUCCUCUAUUCGUUUUCAACCACCUUGGUAUUAAGACGUUACCAUUGGCCUUUUUGCUAUUUUCCGUCUUGUCCACUGCUCUUCCUGCAAUCUUCUCUUUCGUUAUCGCCUCAGUACAGAAGCCUACUGCGCAGUUCUUUCAACUUACAAAGUCCUUCUCACUGCUGAUUUUAGGCGUAUCUCUUGCCACGCUUAGUACGCUCAAUUUCUCGCUCGCUUUUCUGGUUGGGCUUCUGGCAAGCCCUCUUACUUUCAUCCAACCGACCAAGAACCUGGUCACUAGGUUAUUCCUUGUAAUCCUAUUGAUAAUAACUUCACCGCCUGUUGUUAUAUCAUCUGCAGCAUGGACCAGUGGUGUUACUAUGUCUGAAGUGUUGAAAGCUGCGAGUUUGGGGUGGAAUGUGUGGGGGAUGUACACACCAAUCAUUAUUUGGUGCGUUUGGUGGCCUGCAUGGCUCAUCGGCACAACAAACACUCUUAGUUCUACUUUUAAGAUAUGA